AUGUUAUACAUCUACACCGUAUUAGCUGCUGCCUUGGUAACACUCGUGCAGGCCGAUAAUUACGCUACUUACCCAAAGAUUCCCAAAACCGCAUCAAUCAAUGGUUUUGCUGACCCCAUAGUUGACUUGUUGCCAGAUUGUGCAAAGGAUUGCGUCAAGUACAGCACUAGCAACACCCCAUGCCCAUAUUGGGAUACCGGUUGCUUCUGUGUCAUGCCCCAAUGGUCAGGAUUGGUUGGUCAAUGUAUUGCCAAGAACUGUAAAGGGGAAGAUGUUCAAAGUGCACGAUUUUUGGCAACGUCAUUGUGUUCAACUGUUGGUGCAAACACUUGGAUGAUGCCUGCUUCCAUCUCAGAUAUGAUGGCAUCUGCUGCAUCUGGAGCUAAGGAGGUUACUACUAUUUCAGGUAAAACUGCCAUGUCAUGGGUAACUGCACCAGGAAGUUCAGAUACAAAUGUUAUUUCAGAGACAGGUUCUAGUAACGGUGGUGCUUCGGAAACUGGUUCAGCAUCAAAUGCUGAAAAAACGUCCGAGUCAGAAUCAGAAUCAGAAUCAGAGACUGCUUCUGUUAAUUCUGCCUCAACCACCAGCGGCAGCAGCUCUACUUCUACUGGAUCAACUUCCAACAUCGCCGCUUUACAAGCUGGUAGCAUGGGAACAGUGAUUCUCUGUGUCUUGGUAAGUUUCCUCAUGUAA